AGUCUUAAGCUCAGUUUGCAUCCGCUGGAGUCAAUCCAGCAUGCUCCACAACAGUAUGGCUUCCUCAAUCAGGAGGAUACACAAACCUUUCCAUAGGAAAGGGUACCACAGCCACUUCUUGGAUCAAAUUCUAGUGAGUUUUAAGCACUGUUUAUACGAAGGGCUUCUUCAUGACGGAACCCUAACUGUUGCUGUCAAACCCUAUGGAGCUGAAGAGUUCAGAACUGAGUUGCAGUUGCUCAGCCAGCUGCGCCACCAAAAUCUCGUGCGUCUAUUCGGCUUUUGUAAACAGAAAGACGAGAGGAUGCUCGUGUAUGAAUAUCUGAACAAUGAAGCACUGCGUGAUCAUCUUCAUAAGGGAGGUGAUCCACUUCCAUGGAAGCAGAGGCUAGAAAUAUGCAUUGGAGCAGCACGUGGAUUACAUUACCUUCACACAGGUGCGAAGUAUACCGUAAUCCACCGUAAUGUGAAGAGUUCCAAUAUUAUUCUGGACGAGAACUGGGCAGCUAAGCUUGCUAAUUUUGGGGUAUCCAAGAUGGUUCCUCCUAGCACGUCAAAGCCAAAGGUUUUGACAAAGACAAACUCAAGGGUUGCAGGUACUUUUGGUUAUAUGGCUCCAAAAUAUAUGAUGAAUGGGGAACUCAGUGAAAAAUACGACGCAUUCUCAUUUGGUGUUGUUCUGUUUGAAGUAUUGUGUGGUAGAUCGGCAUAUAAGCACAUCAUAAUAGAAGGGAAUGUGGUUUCCUGGAUCUGUAAAUGCAUCAAAGCUGGCAGUAUUCAUGAUAUCAUUGAUCCAUAUCUGAAAGGGAAGAUAGCACCAGUGUGUUUGAUAGAAUUCCUGGAGAUUGCAUUCAGUUGCAUUCAUCCAAAGGCCAAUGAACGGCCAACAAUGGGAGAAGUAGAGGUGACAUUAGAGCUAGCGUUGGAGUGCAGGAGAGAGCUGACUCUGUUAUGAAGGCUGUCAAUCCUCAUGCUGACUACGCUUAUGAAGAAGUUCCCUUCCAUGUCUCCCUUAGAGAUUAUAAUGAAUACCUAUAUGAGGCAGACAUUAAUGAAGAUAGCUUCUCAGCUGCAGAUGAGGUAAAAUUACUUAUUCUCAUUUCUAGGACAAUAAGGGCAGACAAUUACAACUUCAAUAAUCAAGGUUAUGUUAUCAU